AUGAUUAAUAUAAUUUACCCGAAUUCUUAAUUGAAAUUAGUAGCUUUAUAUUUGUUUUUUAAAAUAAAUAGUAAAUCACUAAAAUAAAUACUUUUGUUUUAACUUUUGCUCCACUUAAAAGUAAGUACUAACCAAAUAAAAUCAGGUUCAAGGUUUGAUAUUAGAAGUAAUCUUUUUUUAGUAUUCUCUUUUCUUGUAUCUUAAAAAAGAAAAAAAUCAGAAUUGCAUGAUUUUUUAUUAAAUUCAACAAAAAAACUAUUAAUCAAACUAUAAUUUCAGAAAAUUAAGAAAAUAAUUAGUAAAAUAAGAAAGGAAAGAAAUCUAUUUAAUUAAGAUAGAAAUAUUAAAUACUUUAAAAUGAGUAGUUUUUAAAGCAUUUAAAAAUUAAAAGUAUCAGAAAUAUAAGAGUUAUUAGCACCACUUAGUUCCAUUAACGUUGACAAAGAUUUAUUAGUUUUUAUAAUCGGAACAUAGUAUGCGUAUAAAAAAAUAAAUAAAGAUUAGUUAAAUGAGUUUGUCACAUAGAUUAUCUAAUUAUACCAAUAGUGCAAAAGUAAAGGUCAAUAUUUAAUCAUAGAGUAGGUAUUUUCUUAGCUUAUUGAUGGCGAAGAGCAAGAACCCUUAUCUUUUAUAAAGUAUUAAUACGAUUCAAAUUUUAAAUAAAUGAAUUUGAAUAGUUAAUCAAAGCCGUUAAGAGAGUAAUAAGAUGAUAAAAUUGAAGAAUCUAAAGAAGAAUAGAAAUCAGAAAUAUGGAAUUGCGAUAUUUGCUUUGAAAAAAUGACUGAUUAAGAUUAUUGGCCAAUUGAAUGUUGUCAUAAUACAUAUCAUAGAGUUUGUCUUAAAAAGUAUUUUAAUAGCUAAGUAGAAGAAAGAAGGUUUCCUAUAAAAUGCGUUAAUAAUAAAUGCCCUUAAGUGGUUUCAUAGCAAGAUAUUAGAGAGAUAUUAAAUGACUCAGAUUUCCAAAAAUACUCAUAUUUUUAAAUUAAAAAUUAUAUUGAAAAAUAAGGAGACUAAGCUUCUUGGUGUCUAACUCCAGAUUGUUAAUACGCCUUUAUUUUAGAAAACAACUAAAAAAGAUUAGAUUGCCCUUUUUGUAAAAAAAGCUAUUUGCCUAAUUUGUAAUUAGAUUUAUCAUAAAAAUUUGACCUGCAAAGAAAAUAAAAUUCAGAAUAGCUAUUUAGACGAAGAUGUAAAAUUCUAAAAAUUAGUUAGAGAUUAAAAAUUUAAGUAAUGCAAUUAAUGUAAAAUGUGGGUUGA